UGAGACAUCAGGAAAGAAGGGACCCAGGGUGUGGGCGGGGAAGAAAGGUGGGCAGAUGAAACUGCAGAGACAAGCAGAAGGAGCUGACAGAAUCACUCUUCAGUUCUUUCUUCAAGUCGUCUGGGUUUCCUUAUGGAUUACUGAGGAUCUGUUGGAAAUGAAGAUGGACGGAAACUCCACGCAACACAAUGAGACCAUCGUGGACAAUGCAACUGGCACAAACAUGGGCGCCCUCAUCCUGGGCCUUGUCUUCCUCGUGGGAUUCCCUGGAAACAUCUUUGUCAUCUGGAGCAUCCUGGCUCGAGCUAAAAAACAGUCCAUCACAACCCUCCUCAUCCUCAACCUGGCAUUUGCUGAUGGAUCUCUGAUGGCUCUCACUCCGUUCUUCAUUGUCUACCUGAUCACAAGGAACUGGAUGAUUGGGGAAGUGAUGUGCAAGAUCCUCUUCUACCUUUGUUUGCUCAACAUGUACGCCUCCAUUUACCUCAUCAUGCUGAUGAGUAUCUACCGGCUGGUGUCGGUGAUUUGGCCCCAGCGAGUCAGCAAAAUCACUGGGAAGAGGAUGAUCAGGCGGGUGCUCGCAGCGACGUGGGUGCUCGUCAUGGUCGCUUCCAUUCCUGCGCUUAUCUUCCGACAAGUUAAAAAAGGACAUUACAAUAACUCAGUAUGCGAAUCAUUUCAUAAAGAUGACAAAUAUGUUGUUCUUCAGUACAUGCUGGAGAUCGUGUUGGGAUUUCUAUUCCCGUAUGGGGUCAUCUUGAUCAGCUACGUUUGUAUCCUGCGGCGGAUCCGACAGACUAAAUUCCGCCGUCGUGUUCGCAGCGAGAACCUCAUCCUGGCCAUCGUGUUGACCUUCUGCCUCUUCUGGCUGCCCUACCAUCUAGUCAACGUCUUAAAGGUUGCCUCGGCUUUGUGUAACAAGGGAGAGACAAAGGACAAACUGGACAUGAUCGGGCAAAGGAGCCGCGCUGUCACCUCAUCGAUCGCCUUCAUCAGCAGCUCUGUCAACCCCAUCCUUUACUUCUUCGCAGGGAAGUCAUACAUCCGGCGGGAGGGGCUGGCCUUCAUGGCUCGCCUGUUCGAGGGAACUGGGUUGGACUCCUCACGGAAAAGCCGGCAGAACAGUCAGAACAGCCGGGACAAAGACAAGGACGCAGAUGUUACGCUUAAAGACAAAGAUCCAGAGUCAAUUUCCAACUCGGUGUCUCAGGUCCUUACAAACUCGGUUUUGGUCAGUCCGGUGAAAAAUAUGAAAUAGAGGUUAGAACUGCUGGUACCUCUGGAACAUCUUUGCGUGUCCUCCGUCCAUCGUAGCUCACUGUUGGUUGUGGUAAGACUUCCUGCAGACUGUGAAUCCAUUGACACAAAGAUGAGGUGAGGAUGUUCUGCUUCUCCAAGUGAAAAUUGAAACUUCUGCUCCUGGCUCGCUUGCACUCUCAGGGUUCAUGAUGGGUGAGGCGUCGGCUUCGCUCCGCUUCAUUCGGGGUCAGAAAAAGCAUGAAUUCAGGAUUGAAUACGUUUCCAUAACUUUACCACACCAAGAACCUCUAUGAGGGAAAGUCUUAAGGUGUACGCACCUAUGUUGAUACAGUUUUUUGUACAUUUUUUUACUUAAUGUCUCUUGUUUUAUGUGUUUAGUUUAAAAUAUUCAUAUAGAAUGAAUUUUGUACGAUAAGAUCUCAUUUGCAGAUGUAAAUAUGGAAGAGAUGGUGCCCGUUGGCUGUGCAGUGUGCAGCGGUGAGCUCACUGAGUUCAGAACAGCAGAUUGUUAGUUCAAGUCUAUUCUCCAAAAUCUGUCUUAUUGUCAAGUCAACUUUUUACAAGAGAUCUACACAGACAGAAAUGGCUGGUUAAGGAAAACAGGGCUUAAAUGUUUCACACAAAGAGUCUUGCUUGUCUUGUGUCUUUUUAAGAGUAUAAGUAGAAGUGAGACAAUCACCUUUAGUGGAAUGUGUGUCGACUGUCACUGUGAGAUCUAUUUUGGUCCCCUCAAAAAUGAACAGCAACUGGAAGCUCAAUAACAAAAGAUGUAAAUAAAAGCAAAUUUCUCUGUUUUCCAACUUUACGGUUCAUGAUUUGUAGUUCUUUUUCUUGCUCACAGGUCUUACAUUUACAAACCAGUCAUUUGUCUUUAUUCAUUUUGUCUGAAUUCUUCAUUGUUUUAGAUAUGUGGCAUGUGUUAGAUAUGUUAGAUGUGUAAAAUGUAUCAAGAAUCUGAACAACAAGCAAAGUAUCUCUAA